AUGCGCUCCUUCAUCCCCGCUCUCUUCCUUGCCAGCGCUGCUGCUGUCAGCGCGCAGACCACGGCGGAUUUAAUCAGCUGCGCUAAUGCUGCUCUGAGUAGUAUUGACACCUCCAAACUCUCCACUUGCACUGAUCUGAGCGACACCGCGUGCAUCUGUGCCAACCAGGAGGUUCUCACCGAGGAGCUGACCGACGCAGCCAAGGAUGCCUGCAAGACUGCUGGAGUUGACCUGACCACCUGGAUUUCCACCGUCUGUCCCGCCAGCACCAAGGGCGCCGUUGCCCCAGCCCGCCAUGCCAGCAAGCCCAUGGAGCCCGCAAACGACAAGCGUGCCUACCGAUCUCCGUCCGAAGAUGAGACUGCUCCUCGCGUCGUCUACGUGACCGAGACGCUCACCGAGUGCAGCUGCAAGAGCUCCUCCGUGCCCUACAACGGCAUGCACGUGUCCCAGAUCCCCGUCAGCGUGCCUGCACGCAGCAGCAUGGGCGCCAUGACGGCAGCCUCUUCUCCUGCCUCUUCUAACGGUGCCAUGAUGGCGGCUUCUUCGUCCGUUAUCUUCGGCUCUCACAUGUCUGCUGCUACUCCUGCUCCUAGCGGUGCUAGCGCCGGCCGCUUCCAGACUUUCCAGGGUGCUGCCCCCAAGACUAGCUCUGUCCACGGCGGUAUUGCUGCCCUUGGUGUUGCUGCUAUCAUGGGAUUGAUGAUUGCUCUGUAA